GAUGAUGAUGCUCAUAAUAGAGGCGUUUGCUCAAACUGUGCAGACGAAAAACGAGAACCUUCAAGAAGUUAUUUUAUUCAGAAAGUUGAAGAUCAGGCUGACUUUACAUCACUCUUCUUCGAACUAAAAUUUGUCGUCAAACUUCCAGCAUGAAGGAGGAGGAUAAAAGAAAGAGGGGUUUCCAUGGUAACGGAAACCAACACAUGUAUUUGUUGGUCAUAGCGAUGGCCGGAGUUUUCUUCGCCACCCUUUCCUCUGCUCAAGAAGUGGAAUACUCCAGUGUAAGUUUCAUCAGUUCCGAGGACGUGUACCUUCUACCGUGUGUCUACCGGGGAGUCCCCUAUUCCCAUGGAGAGAGUUGGGCGGUGGACGAUUGUAGCACCUGUACCUGUGCAAACUCCACCAUAGAAUGUGUGAUCCUUGGCUGCCAACCCACUACCUGUGACAAUGUGAUACAUCCGCCCGGCGAAUGUUGCGCAAUGUGUCCCAACAUCGUGAAUGUCAGUGAAGUUGCUCCCGUUGCAAGGGUUACGUCGACUCCCAAGCUCAUGUCCGGCAAAAAAAACCGAAUGCUGCUGAAUGUCUCUAUCAGCUUCCAUGAGACUGACUUGACGACGGGUGUCCAGGGCGAGGACCUCUGGAACAUGACCAUCUGGACAAGCCGGAAUCCUAACGGGGAGGGCUUCGCCUACAGCGUCGCCAAGAACGUCCUCAAUGCUGAACAAAGAUCUCAGAGACACCGUAAGGGCAAGAAGUUCCCUAAGCUGCGGAACAUCCCGUACACCCUUGACGCUCGUAGGAUGUCUUGUGACGACAUGCAGUACAUAUGCGUCCGCUUCGAGCAGGCUAUCAAUCCAGGGCACGUCAACAGAGCUUACGUGCCCUUCUACUUCUCUGGAUACCCAGACGACAAUGUCCUCACUGGUUGUACACCUGCACCAAGAUGUAAAAUUGUAAAACCGAAAUCGGUACCAACGACAGCUAGGCCGGCAACCACUCUCCGAACGACAACUACUCCCACGACGAUUCCAACGACAUGGCCUCGAUGGACAACAGCAUGGCCUCGAUGGACUCGUGCACCAACUCUUCCUCCUACGCGUCCUCCUACACUGCCGCCUACGUUCCCACCAACCCUCCCACCAAGACGAACAACACGAAGACCAAAGUUGAAGAAGACGAAGGAACCGAAGAGCACUCCAGCGACGCUUCCGCCAACACUUGCACCAUUGACAACGUUAAAAUUGAACGAGGCGUUGGCAGUUGGGUCAACGAUGUACGCUACGUUGCCUCCGACAUUGCGUCCGACAGUGCGUCCUACAACGGGUGUUCCUUAUAUACCAAGAUUUGUGCUAGAUGAUUCAGAGUCAAAUGAAGCAUUUGAACUUGUACCAAUGUAUCCGCUGGCUCCUCAAAGAAAUUCUAACAGACCAAGAAGCCGGAACAGAGGGCGUAACAAGUGGAGAGCACAUCGGUUUAAAGCUGCAGCUGAGGCCGCCGGGUUUUCUUCGGAUGAGGUGACACAAAUAAAACAAAAGAAAAUAUCUCGACGUCGACAACAGGCGGCCAAACGCAAACCAGAACAACCAUUACCACUUACACAAGAACAACAGGAGUACAGACAACAACAACAACAGUUAUACCAGCAACAGCAGCAACAAUAUAAUCAGCAAAUGCAAUAUGAACAACAGCAACAACAACUGCAAUACGAACAACAACGACAGCAGCAAUAUCAAGAGCAGCAACAACAAUACUAUCAGCAACAGCACCAGGAGAAUAACCCAUACCCAUACGGUGAUGUGCAAGAGGGGCAAAUAAACCCCUUGUUUCAACGAGAAAGGGAGAAAGCAAUAGCUGAAGGAACAUUACUUGGACCACAACAAGGUUGGCCGGCUGCAUACAACAAUGGAUAUACAUGGCAACAGUACAUGGAAGACAACGCGGAUUAUAACUCCCAGGAACGGUGAACUAAGAGGAUUUC